GGUGUAUCUCAUUUCGACAUGAGUAACGGGGAUGGGCGUUAAGUUGAGGGAGAGUCCACAGGUCAAGAUUUCUCGGAUAACGACUCGGUUCACGGACAAAACCUACGCACGGAAUUCCCUGACCCUGGGAAUGUCAAACUUUGUCGACGAUAUUCGGUUGAUGAAAAGUGAUCAACGACAUUUUAUUGUUGAUUGUGUCAUUGUCAUCGACGACGACAUUUGACUUUGAAAUCAUAAGUGAAAAAAAAAGUAUUUUUUAGAAUUUCUGUAGAACUUUCCCCUUAUAUAUUUAUUAUAUUUUAGUAGUUCUUAAGCUAUUUACAUUUAUCUGAUUCUGACAUAGAGCUAAUAAAAACUGAAAAGUAAUUAUCUGUCAAUAAAAGAAAAAUAAUAAAAUCCAAAACCACCAACACCAUUAACAACAAAAUUCAGGAAUCCUGAAAUGGUUACUCCUCAAGAGCUAAUGUAUUUGAAUGAGGCUGAUAAUCGCAGAGGGAUUGACGAAUUUGGAUCUGGGUUUGUUGGACACCAACAGACACACAACUCCUCUUUCAAUGAUACACCCUUUGAACCAACAGGCAGUGACAACUUUUCAGAUCAAAUUCAGCCACGUGACAUGGGCAGAGACAUCGCCAAAGAGUAUGGUAUAAACAUCAGUCAACCGAAAUAUCAACAGUUUGCAAUCAAAGAUGUUCGUCUCAAAACUUUUCAGAGCUGGCCGAUGAGCUGCAGUCAAAGACCUGAAGAUCUAGCAGAGGCCGGAUUCUUUUAUUCGGGAAAUUCGGACGCCGUGUUCUGUUUUUAUUGUGGACAAGGUCUCAAAGACUGGGAGGACGAGGACACACCCUGGGGUGAGCAUGCGCGCUGGUCCUCCGAAUGCCCUUAUCUCCUCAAUACAAAGGGAAGAGACUUCAUUCGAUUAGAGCUGCUACGUGAUACUGAUCCCGUUCAGUAUAUUGCCGAGAAAACGCAAGCUAUACAAGUGACGGAAAAUCGGCCAGCUGUCAAGAGUUCUGAGAAUGAUACUUGGAAUAAUCCUGCAGUAGAAAGUUUACUUCAGAAUGGAUACGGGAAGGAAAUGGUUCAUAAAGCCAUCUUAUGGUUUCGUAAGGAGAAAGGGGAAAAUGCGCCUUUAUCGGCAGCAGAACUUCUCAACAUAAUUUUUGACUUUGAGGAGGGGACUGUCGUUUUCGAUGAUGUUGAAAAGAAAGAAGCUGAGCUUCAGAGGGAUUUGAUUCGAAAAGAGAACGAGGAGUUGCGGAAGUCAACCUAUUGCCGGAAGUGUUCCACACGUCUCGUUUCCGUGGUGUUUCUGCCCUGUGGACAUCUCUGCACAUGCACCGACUGUGCACCAUCAGUCAAGAAUUGUUUGAUGUGUAACGUUUUUAUAAAAGGCACCAUACGCACCUACCUGGUGUAAUAAAAUUUAUUUAGCAGGGAUUCGAAAUGAUAAAUAGUAAUAAUUUAGGACCUGAGGAUUCCAUUUGAUAAAAUUACAUGUAAUAACCCAAGUUUGUUCAAGUACUGUACCAACAUCUGGAUUUCUCUUGUAAUAUUGAGAUAAAACAAAUUCCUGUGACAAAUACUUGUACAUGUGUAUCAACUUUUAUUAUACUCAGCUGUAUACGUAAAAAUUAACAGAUGGUGGAGACCAUACACAUAAAUAAAAGGUUUUAUUUGUCUCUGAAGUGACGGAGGAAAUGGAAUUCAUGUUUUGACAGCUACAUGUAAUUUUACUUUUUUAAGGAUUGUUACCGUAACAUAUAUUGUUACAGGAAAGGGAUUUCUUUAUGUCAGACGCAUGUAUCAAAUGUAUAUGUUUAAUUUUACUUCAAAGGAUGUCCAAGUGUGUGGGUAGGGUUUUUUAACACUUCAACUGCAUAAAAGGAGUUGCUUGCUUUACUUUUAAAAUGUACUAAUUUCACUUUAAAUGGUUAAAACUAGAGAAUUCAGAUAUUUAGAGGGUUUGCUACUUUGUGUGUUUCAUCGUUAAAAGUUAUCUGAUUAGUUUUACAACAUUAAUUUUGUACUAUUCUCUUUAAGCAUAUUCUACAAUAAUUUUUGUUGAAUUUUUUCAGUUAUCGGUUAUAUUCUCACACAAUACAGUUAAAUAUAAAUGUUUUUAAAAAUGUAGGUACUUUAAUAUAAUCACUUUUUACUGUGAUAUUAAUAUCUUUGUACUUUUUGUCAAGAUUCUUUAUGUACAUAAAGCCAAAUCAAUUUCCCUUCAGACAGAAGUUUUUUUACUCUACUUUGAGUUGUUUUAAUUAAAUUCUAUGCUUACA